GAGCACAUUCUUCCCCUUUGUGGGAGACUGCGGAUGUAGAAACCCCAUGAUGUGCUGCAGUUGACACAUCCUGUCCCUUGUCAGUUGCAGGCUCUGUCUUUUCACCCAUCGGCUGCAGGGGUGUGCAGGCUGCAAGGGUCUGGGCAUGUCUCCCCAUUUGACCACCUUCCUGGCCCUUGCGCUCUGCCUGGGCCGAGUGCUCCAAGCACAGAAAGGGGUCCUGCCCAUGCCCUCCAUCUGGGCGGAGCCGGGCUCUGUGAUCCCGGGGCAGCCCGUGACCAUCGUGUGCCAGGGACCCACUGAGGCUGAGACAUUCCGCCUGGAGAAGGAGGGACAUGCCCUACACCCAGAUGUGCAGAACCCACAGCACGAGACGCAGGCCAGAUUCCUCAUCCCCGCGGCGAGUGAAGACGCUGCUGGGCUCUAUCGCUGCCUUUAUCAUAACGGUGUCACCUGGUCUAAACGCAGUGAGCCACUGCAGCUGGAGGUGACAGGGUUCCCAUGGGUGCUCAACGCACAGAUGCACCAGGCUGAGUGGGACAGACCCUGGGGGACUCCACCGAGCAUCAGUGCUUCUGUCCUGGUCACAGAGACACCCCACCCCCCCACACACGCCUACUCCUCAGCUGGAGACCCACAGAUGCACUGGGAGGACAGUAACAGUCCCGGCCUGUCAACAGAGCAUGUUUCUAUCCUCAUUGGGAUCUCUGUGGCCUUGUUCCUUUGUGUCCUCCUCCUGGUCCUCAUCUUCCUCUAUUAUCAGCACCAGAAAAAACACAUGCCCCCCAGCAGCAAAGGUGAAGAGCAGAGGCCCCAGGAGAGGGUUAGCCCGGCCGUUGACAUCCUAGAGAGGACACCAGAUCUGGCCACAGUCGACAGACUUCCUGAAAAGGACGGGGAAAUGCUUCACACCCCAACCCCUACUGCAGGAGGCCCCCCGGACGUGACAUAUGCUGAGCUGGACUACCGGAUCCUCACACAGAGGACGGCCCAAGCCGCGUCCCCGCGGUCCAUGGAGCCCACGGCUGAGUCCAGCACAUAUGCGGCCCUUGCCAGACACUGACUCCAGGCCCAGCUGGCCUCCACUCCUAGACACACAGGAAGCCAUUCCUGCAGACGCGUGAAGUGGCCAUUUGGAGGGCUUCCGGAUGGAAUCAUCCCUUUCUGGAAAGCCAUGCAGUCAGAUUUCCUGGAGGCAAGAACUGGCGUCAGGAGACCCCUAAUCAACAUCUAGGAGAUGCAUGAACCAUGGGGUCCCUCCUAAAAUCCACUAGGUCCUUGGAGAGAACGUGUAGCCCUUAUUUCCAAACACCCAGCUACAGACUCCAGACUCCUGGCAGUUUCCAGAGACUCAGCUAUAGUCACUUGGCUGUUUCCAGAGACCCAGCUAUGGUCUCCCAGUCACACAGGUGAUUCCAGAUGUGUCCCGUGUAUCCCUAACUGCCCCCAGAGGCUCUGAUUUAAUUGUCCACUCAGCUGACUCUAAAGGCCUUCCAGAGUUCCAAAGUUGACCUUGAACCUGGACUAUACGUGGGCAGCUGAUAGCUGAGACGCCGUUUUCUGGAUUAUGCUUCUCUUUGUUCAUCAGUAAAAGUUUUCACAGGCCCGCCCUGCAGUAGCCCUGCACGGGGAGCUUGGUCCCAGUCUCUGCUCAAAGCUCAGAGCAGGAAACAAGACAAAGAA